GAGUGGGAAGGCGGGCGGCGCGGCGGGGGCAGCGCUGCGGGGGACCGAGCCGUGGUGAGUACUGUGUAACCCGCUUGCUGCCCAAGAUGGUGAAGCUGGAUAUACACACGCUGGCUCAUCACCUCAAGCAGGAACGGCUGUAUGUAAACUCAGAAAAGCAACUUAUUCAAAGGCUCAAUGCAGAUGUAUUGAAGACAGCUGAAAAGCUGUACCGCACAGCAUGGAUUUCCAAGCAGCAAAGGAUUAACUUGGACAGACUGAUCAUAACAAGUGCUGAAGCUUCUCCUGCUGAGUGUUGCCAGCAUGCUAAAAUCUUGGAGGACACGCAGUUUGUGGAUGGAUAUAAGCAGUUGGGAUUUCAGGAGACUGCUUACGGAGAAUUCCUAAACAGACUGAGAGAGAACCCUAGGCUUAUUGCAUCCUGUCUGGUUGCUGGAGAGAAGCUCAACCAGGACAACACUCAGAGUGUCAUUCACACAGUCUUUACCUCCAUUUAUGGCAACUGCAUCAUGCAGGAGGAUGAGAGCUACCUCCUCCAGGUCCUCCGUUACUUGAUCGAAUUUGAACUGAAGGAAAGCGACAACCCUAGGCGGCUGUUGAGACGGGGCACCUGUGCAUUCAGCAUCUUAUUCAAACUUUUCUCUGAAGGACUCUUUUCUGCAAAACUUUUUCUUACUGCAACUUUACAUGAGCCAAUCAUGCAGCUUCUGGUUGAAGAUGAAGACCACCUGGAAACUGAUCCAAACAAGUUAAUUGAGAGAUUCUCCCCAGUACAACAGGAAAAGUUAUUUGGAGAGAAAGGCACAGAGAAGUUCAAGCAAAGAGUCCAAGAGAUGGUUGACUCCAAUGAGGCCAAGCUGGUGACCUUGGUGAACAAAUUCAUUGGCUAUCUCAAACAAAACACUUACUGUUUUCCUCACAGCUUGAGAUGGAUCGUGUCACAAAUGUACAAAACGCUCUCAUGUGUAGACAGGCUGGAGGUUGGGGAGGUCAGAGCAAUGUGCACAGAUCUUCUUCUAGCGUGUUUCAUCUGUCCUGCAAUUGUUAACCCAGAGCAGUAUGGGAUAAUUUCUGAUGCUCCUAUAAAUGAGGUGGCAAGAUUUAAUCUGAUGCAGGUUGGGAGACUUCUGCAGCAAUUGGCAAUGACAGGUUCUGAAGAGGGAGAUCCACGUAUGAAGAGCAACCUUGCUAAAUUUGACAAAAGCUGUGUUGCUGCUUUCCUGGAUGUAGUUAUCGAUGGGCGUGCAGUUGAAACUCCUCCAAUGUCUUCUGUGAACCUUCUGGAGGGGUUGAGUAGAACAGUGGUUUACAUGACGUACAGCCAGCUAACUACUCUGGUUGGCUUUAUGCGGAAUGUAAUGUCAAGCGAUCAACUUAAGGAAGAUCGGAUGGCUUUGGAAAACUUGCUGGCAAACUUACCCCAGAACAAACCAGGGAAAAGCAGCAGCCUUGAAAUGACCCCGUAUAAUACCCCACAACUUUCUCCUGCAACUACUCCAGCUAACAAAAAAAAUCGCUUACCAAUAGCAACUCGUAGCAGAAGUAGAUCAAAUAUUCUAAUGGAUCAGCACGGAGAUCAUGAAGGAUCCUCCCAGGAGACUAUCCCAGAAGUUCAGCCAGAAGAAGUGCUGGUGAUUUCUUUGGGGACAGGUCCACAGAUUACUCCAGGAAUGAUGUCAGAAAAUGAGGUCUUAAAUAUGCAGCUUGCAGAUGGCGGACAAGGAGAUGUCCCCAUUGAUGAAAACAAACUCCAUGGUAAACCUGAUAAAACCUUGCGCUUUUCCCUCUGCAGUGAUAAUCUGGAAGGAAUAUCUGAAGGUCCUUCAAAUCGCUCCAACUCUGUGUCGUCUUUGGAUUUAGAAGGGGAGUCUGUGUCAGAGCUUGGCGCGGGCCCCUCUGGGAGCAAUGGUGUUGAAGCUCUGCAGCUGUUAGAGCACGAACAAGCCACAACUCAGGAUAAUCUUGAUGACAAGCUCCGUAAAUUUGAAAUCCGUGAUAUGAUGGGGUUGACUGAUGACAGAGAUAUAUCGGAAACUGUGAGCGAAACUUGGAGUACAGAUGUCUUGGGAAGUGACUUCGAUCCGAAUAUCGAUGAAGAUCGUUUGCAAGAAAUAGCAGGUGCAGCUGCAGAGAACAUGCUAGGCAGCUUGCUGUGUUUACCAGGUUCAGGAUCGGUGUUGCUUGAUCCCUGCACAGGUUCAACCAUAUCAGAAACCACAAGUGAGGCAUGGAGUGUGGAAGUAUUACCAAGUGAUUCAGAGGCCCCAGACUUAAAACAGGAGGAAAGACUACAAGAACUGGAAAGCUGUUCUGGGCUGGGUAGCACAUCUGAUGACACAGAUGUAAGGGAGGUCAGUUCUCGACCCAGUACGCCGGGCCUCAGCGUUGUAUCAGGUAUUAGUGCAACAUCUGAAGAUAUUCCUAAUAAGAUUGAGGAUCUCAGGUCCGAAUGUAGCUCUGACUUUGGGGGAAAAGAUUCUGUGACGAGUCCUGACAUGGAUGAAACAGCCCAUGGAGCCAGUCACUUGACAUCUCCUCCUUCUCAGACAGAUUCUUUGCUUGCAUUGUUUGACCCUCUGUCAUCAAAUGAGGGUGUAUCAGCUGUAGUAAGGCCUAAAGUACACUAUGCAAGACCCUCUCAUCCACCACCAGAUCCACCAAUCUUGGAAGGAGCUAUGGGAGGUAAUGAGGCCCGAUUACCAAACUUUGGGUCUCACACUUUAAUUCCAACUGAUUUAGAAGCAUUCAAGCAGAGGCAUUCUUAUCCAGAGAGGCUAGUCCGCAGCAGGAGUUCAGAUAUAGUAUCAUCAGUUCGGAGGCCUAUGAGUGAUCCUGGGUGGAACAGACGUCCUGGUAAUGAGGAGAGGGAGCUUCCUAUGCCGACCACCACUACUGGAGCAGCUGUUCUGGUGGCUGCCUCUCAGUCGUCAUCUUCGUCUCCCAGUAAAGACUCCUCUAGGGGAGAGAUUGAAGAACGAAAAGACAGUGAUGAUGAGCGGUCUGACAGAAACAAGCCCUGGUGGAGGAAACGUUUUGUGUCUGCCAUGCCCAAAGCUCCUAUUCCAUUUAGAAAGAAAGAAAAACAAGAAAAAGACAAAGAUGACAUGGUGCCUGACAGAUACUCAACACUUCAAGAUGAUCCCAGCCCAAGGCUCAGUGCACAGGCGCAAGCUGCGGAGGACAUUCUGGACAAAUACAGGAAUGCAAUUAAGCGAACCAGUCCUAGCGAAGGAGCCAUAGUAAACUAUGACGGUGCGGAGGCUAUUGGGGAUGGUGAGAGUAUGCAUGACUCUCCACGUGAUGAGGCUUUGCAAAACAUGUCUGCAGAUGAUCUCCCAGACUCUGCAAGUCAAGUAGCACAGCCACAAAGUUCUGCUUUCUCCUAUAGGGAUGCAAAGAAGAAAUUGAGAUUGGCUCUUUGUUCAGCAGAUUCUGUUGCCUUCCCAAUGUUGACACAUUCAACAAGGAAUGGUCUACCAGACCACACAGACCCUGAAGAUAAUGAAAUUGUGUGCUUCUUGAAAGUUCAGCUAGCUGAAGCUAUUAACCUUCAAGACAAGAACUUGAUGGCCCAGCUGCAAGAGACAAUGCGAUGUGUAAGCCGCUUUGAUAACAGGACCUGUCGAAAGCUGCUGGCAUCUAUUGCAGAGGACUAUAGGAAAAGAGCUCCAUAUAUCGCUUAUUUAACUCGAUGUCGCCAAGGCCUGCAAACGACACAAGCACACUUGGAAAGGCUGUUGCAAAGAGUUCUGCGAGAUAAAGAAGUGGCCAACAGAUACUUCACUACAGUAUGUGUGAGGUUACUGCUAGAGAGCAAAGAAAAGAAAAUAAGGGAGUUUAUUCAAGAUUUCCAGAAACUCACAGCAGCAGAUGAUAAAACAGCCCAAGUUGAGGAUUUUCUUCAGUUCUUAUAUGGGGCUAUGGCUCAGGAUGCCAUAUGGCAGAAUGCCAGUGAAGAACAGCUUCAGGAUGCACAAUUAGCUAUAGAACGCAGUGUGAUGAAUCGUAUUUUCAAACUUGCGUUCUACCCUAAUCAGGAUGGAGAUAUUUUGCGUGACCAGGUCCUUCACGAGCACAUACAGAGGUUAUCUAAAGUAGUGACUGCAAACCACAAAGCACUUCAGAUACCUGAGGUAUAUCUCCGGGAGGCACCGUGGCCAUCUGCACAGUCUGAAAUCCGCACAAUAAGCGCUUAUAAAACCCCCCGAGACAAAGUACAGUGUAUCCUGCGAAUGUGUUCAACCAUCAUGAACCUGCUUAGUCUGGCAAAUGAAGAUUCAGUACCUGGGGCAGACGAUUUUGUUCCUGUUCUGGUCUUUGUCCUCAUAAAGGCAAAUCCACCUUGCUUGCUGUCCACUGUUCAGUACAUUAGUAGUUUCUAUGCCAACUGUUUAUCUGGAGAAGAAUCAUACUGGUGGAUGCAGUUCACAGCAGCAGUUGAAUUCAUUAAAACUAUUGAUGAUCGCAAGUAACUCAAACAGCACAUGUAUGGGCAGACUGUUAGCAGAAGAAGAGUUUAUAAGAAUGUACAACAGCUGCAAAAGCUGAAGAAGAGACUUUCCUUGUAUAAUACUGUACAGAAUUGAGGCAUUUUAAAACACACCUUUACUAAUCAAAUUAAUUUAACAGAUUUUCCUCUUCUCUUUGGUUGCGUUUUUCUCCCCUGUAGAUACUGGCACUGCAAAAGGGACCACAGUUUUCACGUAUUUUGGAAUCUCAAAACAUGCAGAAAAUUCUUCAUGCUUUUUCCACCACCCCUCUUCCUGAAUUCUUACUCACGUGAAUAAUUCACUUCAUUUAAUUUCUAAUAAAAAACUGAAACAAGAAUAAUCAGGGCAACCACUUAGUAUACUUUCUAGCUUAACACACCUUUUAUUAAUAAAACACCAGCCACACUGAAAGUUUGUAGUAGCUGACAUUAGUUAUCAAUUAUAUUUCACCUAAGUUUAAAAUCUGAGAGGACAGUGUAAAUAUUAUAUAACUAUAUUUAAUGCAUUGCAAUUAUCUUUGGACUCAUUAUCCUUUGAAUAAACAAGCAAAAGCCUCUCUGACCUCUAACAGGUUGUGACAUACUGUGUUUUGGUAAUGAAAGGACUUCCUCGAAAGGCUAAGAUUAAAAAAGGGCAAACUGAACUAUUUAUUAAAAUGUAAUUAAGAUUACUGAAAUUUCUAAAACUGGAAUUUAUAAUAGACAGGGCUUGUUAGAUAGCUAAACACUUUUUGGCUAGGGCAUUAGGGUGUUAUAAAGGUUUGGAUAUAUAGAAGAGAGGGACUGUAAGUUACAAUAGAUAAGUCUAAUAUAAAAAAGGAGAAAUAAAAUACCUUACUGUAAUAUUUUUUCUGAGAUAUUGUGUAUACUGUACAAACCCCAAACAGAGAUCCUUAACAGAACCUUGGACUGUAAUAUAUAUUUUGAUUAGUGACAUUAAAUACAUAUGCCAGGGGUUUCAGUGAAUGUUUUUACUAAAUGUUCUUCGUGUUGUCUGCUAUGCAGCAGUGCAAGUUUUACUGUUCAUAUAAAAUAUUUUAAAAUAUAACACUGUUCUUUAUGAAACAUAUCAUGACAUCAGUUCAGGGUGUUUUAUAGAUUUCUCACCCCACCUUUCCCUUAAACUGACAAUUAUCAAUUUAAAGAAGUUUUUAUGCACAACACCACAUAGAUUUUUUUCAUGAGUGAAAUGGUCUGAGUGAUGGCCCGUGGUUGUUACCUGUAUAUAAGCACUCGCUGUUCUUUUUUAGCUAGACUUACAGUGAAAAAGGACAGCGAGCAUUUAACUUUUUCAUGUCAGUAUUAUUUCUUGCUCUUCCCAGAGUGUUCAUUGCACUUCUGACAGAGGGAUGUGUUAAGACUUGGUGUCUGUGAGUGGUAAAGAAAACAAAUCUUUCUCGCGUUCUUUUCAAAAUACGAUUGAUUUUUUUGUGUGUGUGUGUGCGCGCGUGCAUUUUGAUGAUUAAAACCCGUAAGCAACUAGUACUUGGGAAAAUCAUUGGGUUAAUUGAAAUUAGAGCAAUUUGUGUAAAGUAUCAAGUGCUUGAUUUGGCUGUGCUACUUGUCAAGGCAUAAUUAAAGAAACUUACUUUCUAGGACUCUAAUAUGUAAUUCAGUAUAGCAUUUUUGCCAAACUAAUCACAGGUGAGAGGGUGGGAUGGUAGCUUUUUUCUUUUAUUUAUAGUCUUUCUCCUCUAUUAGAGACUUGAUUGUGUGGAGGAGCAAUACUCAGUAGAAACAAAAUUCUUCUGAUCUGCCUUACUGUGGUAACUCAGUCUGUGUAGCGUUGCAAUAUUCUAGUUAUUUAGCCUUGAUGGGUUUUUGGUGCUGAACACGUAACUUAAUAUUGCAAGCACAGCCCUGACCAAUAACACUCAGCAGCGAAGCACAAAUAUGCCCUUGAAGAUAUGGCCAGAUCAUAUCUAAAAGCAAUAUAAAUUUAUUUAUAUUGAAGUGUCCUGUAAUAUUUAAUUAUUACUUGAAUAUCUGAGAUGUUAAGACUGAUGCAUGAAAGUUCUUUUAGUCCUGCAGUUUGGGUUGUAGUCGAGGAGAGUGUUUGUACAAUCAAAGAAGGCACAAAGACACUGAAGUGGGCGAUUACCCUGCGCAUUGCUUCUGUUUGCAACCUUGGCGAUCAGGAUUUGAUCAGCACCAUCAGGUCUUUCAGAUUCCCUCUCCUUUAUGGAAGGGGCAAGAACCAUUUCCUUCAGUUUUUAUCACUGUUUUUCUGUGUAGAAAAAUACUUAAAAGAACUGGAGUCUUUUUUUUUAUUAUUAUUGUUAUUUAGUUAUUUUAAAACCCGUAAGUAUUUCAAUGAGCCCCAGAUGAGCUGAGAGUCUUCAUAGCAAGAUGGUCCUUUGCUUCUUUUUUCCAACCUACUCUGAAAGUCCUUUAUAUAGUCUUGAUAGGUGUAGUUAGAGAAUUAGGCUUUCCAAAGAAUUAAAAACCUUCCUGUAAUGUCCUCUUACUGUUUUCCCCUGGUGUCCCGUAACAUUUUGUUUUAAAAUGAUAAACUACAUGUAUAGGAAGUGACGUUGUUAGGUUUUGGUGUGCAAUAGUAAAGGUGAAAAGACAGCGCAUAAGGACCAAAAGUAACAGAACUGCUGCCAAAAGGUGCCAGCCAGCCACCCACGUACCUGUUGCUGUAAACUUGGUGCUUUCUGUUAAUUAAAUUACUUCAGCCACUGAAGGACGGAUGGAACGU